GGUUGUUACAGGAGCAGCAGCUGCCAGACCUCGGCAGGGAAGACGUUAAAAGCAAAACUUGCUUUUUUUUGGCGGGGGAGGGUGGUGGUAGGAUUUUUAACCCGUAGGCUUGUUGUGAAUAGCCAGAAUCACUCAUGGCUUAGGCAGGUUGCCAGAUGGAUGCCAGAGACAAGCAGCUUUUACGCUCCCUGCGCCUGGAGCUCUGCACAGAGGUGCUGGUAGAUGGACUUGUUAUUCAGUAUCUCUACCAAGAAGGGAUUCUCACAGACAGUCAUGUUCAAGAAAUAAAAGCCCAAACCACUAGUCAGAGGAAAACCAUGAUGCUCCUUGAUAUUCUCCCCACCAGAGGACCCAGAGCUUUUGACGUGUUCUUGGAUUCCUUACAGGAGUUCCCAUGGGUUAAAGACAAGCUGAUACUGAAGCGUAAGGAAAUGACAAUACAAGAUCCUUCAGAUUUAGCUGAAAUUGCACCAUGCAUUUUGAAGAUAUCACCAACAGAUCAGCAGUUGAACAAGCUGGCGAGGAGGCUGGGACCUGAAUGGGAGCAUGUGGUUCUGUGCUUGGGUUUGUCCCAUACUGACAUCUAUCGAUGUAAAGUCAAUCACCCUCACAACCUGCAGUCACAGAUCGUAGCUGCAUUUGUCCUUUGGAAACAGCGUUUGGGGAAAAAAGCAACGAUCCAAAGUCUGCACGCCAGUCUGAUGGCAGAGGAAGUGGAUCCUUCUGUGAUACAGUACAUGUUUGAGUGAAGCCAUGCUAUUUAUUCAGAGCUUCCAUGUACUUCGGUAAAUUAAGUAAAGAGUACGGAAAUGUAUGUUGAAGAUUGGACGCCUCAAACUGGAAAAAAAUGGGAUUGGGAACUGUGAUUUUAUUAAGCUUAAACAUUCCAGUUUUCUGUGACAUCUUGUGACUUGUAAUUCUUUUCAUGCCAGAUUAAUUUUUAGCAGGCAUUAAAAAAUGGAUCACUCUU